AUGUGGUUGGCGUUGUUGGUUUUCGAUCAUUUGCCGUCGGCUCGGGAGUUGGGCGUGGCCCAAGCCGAGGAGGGCUCGGACCGUCCCAAAAAUCCUCAUUCGGUUGCUUGUUGGCCUCGCGAGCAUGUUCCGACUCCUGGCCUGUGCCUCUUUCUUGGCUCUUCUUCAUCUUGGUUUGUUUUUUUUUCCUUUUUACUGAAAAUGUUGUCCUAAAUUCUCUGAAAAAGCAAAUUUUUUUUUGAUUGUCUCCAUCUCAAUUUAUCUAUUUUCAGCCGACUCAAGGCCUCAAAUCGAAGGCCUUCAAACCUAUGAACUCCUGGAUUACAAGCCGAUCGAAGUGGAUUGUCCCUGAAAAAGGUGAAUCCAUUAUCUAUGUAUUUUUUUUAUAUAAUUUUUCAGAUCACCAAGAGCGAUGGAAAGGUCGUGUGCAAGAACAUGAAAAGCCCCGUUUCCAUCGAUUUUGCUGCUUAUAAACGGUAAAAUUUGAUAAAAAAAUAAAAAAAAAUCAUUUUUCAAUUUUCAGCUCAUUCCCAAUGAGACUGAAGCCGUCCUGCCGCACCGACUGGACAUUUGUCAACUUGGGAAAUGAAGAAACUGCCGGAAUCGUCGAAGGAAGCGGCGCAACUACAAUUGUCAAGAACUCCCGUGAAAUCCUGCUCUUCCAAGGCCACCUCAAUGGUUCGUUUUGAAAAAAUCAGGCGUUCAAAUACACCAAAUAAGCAAAACCACCCAAAGAAAAAUGGCAAAAAGCUUUUGACCACUGAGCGGAUCGAACGCCCAACCUUUCGAUCUGGAGUCGAACGCGCUACCAUUGCGCCAAGCAGUCAUGCGGUUGCCAAUGACUCCUACGACGUGCAUAUCAUUGCAGGCGAAUCGAACUCGACUAUCGAUGGCUCGAUGGAAAAUGGCAUUUUCCAAGGAUACGUCAUCACGGGAACCCAGCAGAAGUUCUUCAUCGAAAGGAUUCCUGAGUUAGUUUUUAGUUUUCGGGGAAAUGCGGUUUUAUUGACAAAAAUAGGAAAGUUGUUGAGUUUCGAAAGUAAAAAUUAGAUGCUGUUUAGAGUUUUUGCAUUUUCCAGCAAGAACAAAAUUGAUGAAAAGAUUUUUCCAAGAACUGGAAUUUGGGACAGAAAAACAGGGAACAAUCUUUUGAAAGAUAGAAAAAAAUAACCUUUUUAAAAAUUUUUCACGGAUUUUCCUCACCUGGUUAGGUCCUUUAUUUCCUUGUAAAAAAUAAAACAAUAUUUUUAUUCAGAAAAAGAUUUUCCACGCUCAUAAAUUUGAGCUAUUUAAAAAGUAGGCCAUCUUUUAAUUUUUGAUCAGGCCCCUUAACAAUAUUUUUCGCUGCCAACAUCCAACCUGAUUCAUUUCAGGGAGAAGCGAAAGGAGAUGAACAAUGCACAUUCAUUAAUUUUCGAGACCCGCGGCGGGUCUUACACAAGCGGCGCUGUCAGCAGCGGCGUCGACUCGGGCUCUCUUUGCGGCGAAGGCAGCGGCGAGGAGGCGGAAGAGGGCAGCGGCCAGCAGCAGACUCUCCGAGCCAUUCCAAAUGCGCCCAGCGACUCGUUCGCCGCUCCGGCAGAGGUCAAGCAAGAGUUCGCCGAGGGAUUCAAGGAGGAGAACGCCGAGAAGCAGAUCCAGCCGACUGACACAGGGGACAAGGAACUGUUGGCCGUUUGUCCAAUCGAGAAGCUCCGGGCGGCGGCUGAGGAGGUCAAGGAGCUGGAGAAGAAUACUAACAACCUUGGAGACGGUGCCACGACUGGAAACGGGUCUGAGAAGACUUCUGACGUGAAGGAGAACAUUGAGAAGAAGGCCGAGACUGGAAAUGAGUCUGAGAAGCUGAUCAAGACUUCUGAGCAAAAGAAGAGGCCUGAAAGCCUUAUCAAGACCGAGGAAGAGUCGAAGAACUCUGAAGCUAAGCCCAACGCCGCCACGACUGAAGAAAAGCUCCAGGAACUUCCCAAGACUUCUGAGCAAGAGAAGAAGCCUGAACACCUCACCAAGACUGCCGGUAAGACCAACAACUUGGAAGCCAAGCCCAACGCCGCCACGACUGACGGAAAGCUCCAGGAACUUCCCAAGACUUCUGAGGAGAAGCCUGAGGCGCUGAGCAACACCGCGGAAGAAAUUAGGAACCCAGAUGCCGCCACGAGUGACGAAAAGCUCCAGGAACUCCCCAAGAAGAAGCCUGAAGACCUCACCAAGACUGCCGACAAGACCAACAACCUCGAAGCCAACCCAGAAGCCGCCAAGACUACCCAAGAGGACAAGAACAUCGAGAAGAAACCAGAAGACCUCAACGAGCCACUCCGAGCCCCACAAAUCGGCAUCUCCCUCUUCGGCGGCCCUCAGCCCUACGGCUCGUCCGUCUCCUCAGUCUCCUCGGUCUCCACGGUCAACAGCGGCAACCCGUAUUACCCCGGCGGCGGCGUCCAGACCACCUACGUCAGCCGCGUCGGGAAUGGCUAUCCGGUCGGCUACGCCGGCGGCGCCUAUCCCUAUCGCGCUCCCGCCCAACUUGUUUGAUUGAUACUUGUAAUUUUUAUUUCGUGUUGCAUUUUCUUUGUGGCUCUUUCACUUACUCUUUGUACGAUAAAACUAUUUUUCGAAUCGCUUUGAAAAAUGAAUGGAAUGGUCUUAAAACACCUCUGAAAGUUCCCUAUACUUAUAUCAAUCAAAACUUCCUGAGACUCCAGAGGCCCUUGGAGGGUCCUAUCUAG